AUGACCACCGAACCCCUGCCUGACCGUCAAGCGCUGCGAGAGGCUUUUGACCACGAGAUCUACUCUUCCUCUGGGACUACGCUACGAUUUGGCUCCCUGUUCUACGAUUGCGAUGUCUUUCCCGCCGAGAAACGAAUCCUCGUUGUCUUCAUCAGGCAUUUCUUCUGCGGGAACUGCCAGGAGUACGUCCGCAGACUGUCUUCGAUUGAGUCGCCGUUUCAUCCAUCUCAGAAGUCGCUACAUGCCUCCAUGUCUGUAGCUUCUACGACAAACUUUUCCAAACCUGCUUCUCGUACCCUCCCUACGGUCAUAAUCGUCGGGCCUGGCCAACCUAGUCUGAUUGCCUCCUACAAGAACGUCACACAAUGUCCUUAUGACAUCUACGCCGACCCCUCCUUGCGCCUCUACGAGCUCUUGGGAAUGUAUCGCACACUAUCCCUUGGCCACAAGGCCCCCGGGUACAUUGAGCAUUCGCUCUUAAGUGGUGCCCUGAAAUCUGCCUGGCAAAUCGUCCGUCGUGUCGGCAAUGGGGAUGCCAUGAAUGGUGGAGACUGGGACAUCAACGGUGGCGAGUUUCUCUUUGUUAGAUCUGCGUCAGGUAGACCCUCUAUGGGCUUGAAAUCUACCUCGCCUUCAAGGUCGAGAUCGAGGUCCAGGUCGAGAAGUGCCCAGUCCCAAGAUUGGGAUGUGUCGUGGUGCCAUCGCAUGCUCAACUCCAGAGACCACACCGAAAUUAUCAACCUGCAAUAUCAUGCCUGCCUCCCGGAACUGUCAUCUCGAACAGACUCACGCACCUCGUCUCCUGCACCACUGAAGUCGAUCUUGGUCAACGGCGGCAGGGCACAUUCCAAGACUCCCUCAGGAAGCUACUCGACCGAGCGUUUGGGUUCUUGUCCAGGUCCAGAUGUUCCUAAAUCUCGCGAAGAGGUUAUUGCAAGCCAGCGUUUCAGCCGCCCGCACUCCAGAAGCCACUCAAGGCCAAAGUCCCAGCAUCAGCGCCGACCGCGAAGCACAAGCACCGGUUCCCUCGUGAACAAGACAGAAAAUCAAAGUCACAGGAGGGUAUGGUCAGUUCUCAGCAACUCAAGCACAUCGCGCUUGGAUAGUGUGGCUAGUCCCAUCUCCGAACUCGCUGAAGAGGACUUCAAGCCGCGAAAGAGCUUCUCGGCCACAAUUGCAGAGAGGGCGAGUUUUGGUGGGCUCAUAAAGCGGCCGAGAUCGUAUUCGAGUCCACAACGGACAGAGACUUCCCCUGUCGUGGUCAACGCCACCAGAGAAGCUGGGAGGAACACUCUAUCUGAAUCGACUUACGGUUCCACUGCCUCUAAAUCGAGUAUGACACCAGAUGCCAAUCACAAUCCUGGUAACAACAACGAGUUUAAGCAGACAUUCAACGACCUCAUUCUCCCCUCGUCCUCCUCGUCACCCACCACCACACCCUCACCCCCUUCCGAUCGCAUUGCGCCGAAAUCGCAGCGCACUCAUGCACGAUCAAGAACAUUCUCCUUUUCCCGACCGAGUUUUCCCUUGCGAAGAAGGGCAGCGAGCCAGAUCGAGAUGAGCGAGGACGGCGUCAUGUUUGUCGACGGCGUAGAGUUCGUGAACGUCAUCAGCGUCAAGGCACGGAUCGAGGCCAGCAGCGCACGAGAUCAGAGAAGGGAAAGGGCAGACAGUGGCCUCGGCAUGGAAGUCGAAACCCGCCAUGACAAAGCAGCUCCGAGAAAAGAAAGCAACGCAGAGGUCCCAGACAGCAAAAAAAAGUACUCCGUCCUGACUACCCUGCCAGAGCUCUCCGCUGUGACCAGACAAGGCAUUGGAGAGCUGAAUGCUGCUUGA